AUGGCGCGGACCGGGGACACCAGCCUGCGGCCCCGGCGGCAGCGGCGCGCGGGCGCCUCCCUGGGGCGCGCGCCUUGGUUCUGGGCCCUGGCGCUGCUCGGGCAGGCGGCGGCCGCGGGCGCGCCCUCCCGGCGCCAGUGGCCCGUGCCCUACAGACGCUUUUCCUUCCGGCCGGCACCAGAUCCUUACUGUCAAGCUAAAUACACCUUCUGUCCAACGGGCUCCCCUGUCCCAGUUAUGAAGGGUGAUGAUGUCAUUGAAGUCUUUCGGUUACAAGCCCCAGUAUGGGAAUUUAAAUAUGGAGACCUCCUGGGACACUUGAAAAUCAUGCACGAUGCCAUUGGAUUCAAGAGUACUUUAACUGGCAAGAACUACACAAUGGAAUGGUAUGAACUUUUCCAACUUGGAAACUGCACAUUUCCCCAUCUCCGACCUGAAAUGAAUGCCCCGUUCUGGUGUAACCAAGGAGCUGCCUGCUUUUUUGAAGGAAUCGAUGAUGGUCACUGGAAGGAAAAUGGGACGUUAGUUCAGGUAGCAACCAUAUCAGGAAACAUGUUUAACAAAAUGGCACAGUGGGUCAAACAGGACAAUGAAACAGGGAUUUAUUACGAGACAUGGACUGUCCAAGCCAGCCCAGAAAAAGGGGCAGAGAUAUGGUUUGAAUCCUACGACUGUUCCAAAUUCGUGCUAAGGACAUAUAAGAAGUUGGCUGAACUUGGAGCAGAGUUCAAGAAGAUACAAACAAACUACACAAGAAUAUUUCUUUACAGUGGAGAACCUACCUUUUUGGGAAAUGAAACAUCUGUUUUUGGGCCAACUGGAAAUGAGACUCUUGCUUUAGCCAUAAAAAAGUUUUAUUACCCCUUCAAACCACAUUUGUCAACUAAAGAAUUUCUCUUGAGUCUCUUGAAAAUUUUUGAUGCAGUGAUUGUACACAGACAGUUCUAUUUGUUUUAUAAUUUUGAAUAUUGGUUUUUACCUAUGAAGUUUCCUUUUAUUCAGAUAACAUAUGAAGAAAUCCCUUUACCUAACAGAACCAACACAAUCUCUGGUUUAUAA